AUAUUAUGGUCAGUUUGACCAACAGAUCGAAUUGGCUGAUGAGGUGGCCAGUGACAAGGUGCAAAAGUGUCAAUACUUGGACCGUUCAGGGUUUAUAGUGACAUUAAAAUUAUGGUGCCCUGCUGGGAUAAAAAGUGACAGCCCAAUCCCUUCCCAUUAUUUUUUGUCUGGAAGUGAUCGAGCACGCCAGCCAUUGGUCGAGAAUAUUACCGCGACUCUCUCGUGAACGAUCAGGAGUCGCGUGUGGGACGUCUUGGUUCAGACCGCUCCUCGGCGUCACCAGGGCGACUGCCACGGGCCGUGGGGCAUAUUACGUGCGGCAUUCGUAAAACUACGCGUACACGCAGCAAAGCUUGCACCAAGAAAAUCAGAUUGGCUGGUACAAAUAUGGCAAGGGAAAUAUAUCUGCAGCCAUUUAAACCCUCAGCUAUCGUUUUUCCUAACGUGACACCCAUGGCCACCGUUGAUACUCCAGAUCCUCUGUACAGUCGAAAAACAUCCUAUCCGGAACAAAAACUAAAUGGGGUUUUACUUUCUGCAGCCGAAUGGAGAAAUUUACGAGUUCCCUCCGAGAAAAGACGCCCUGCUGCAGACUGGCCAGCCUGAAGCGCCCACCACGCGUGGCGAAGACCUUCAGAGUCCACCGGAGAUCAAGGCGGACAGCUCGUCGAACUUGAGCGGCGCUGCUCGGACGGGGAAGCACCAGAUCGACGUGCUGGAGGAAGUGGACAAGUUCAGUCGUGAACUGUCCGCCAUCUUGGGCGAGAGCACGCUCCAGGGCGACGGCGAGGCCCCACGGGAGGGCGGCCGCGGCGGCCUCUGGAACGCCGAUCCCCCGGCCAAGGCUCGGGUACUCUCGGGGGACUUUGAGGACGGCGAACCUGCUCGUGCCACCACCGACGGCCUGCGGCGAGGGCAGGACGAGGCGAUGCUGGAGCUGCUAGAGCCGCACCCCCGUGAUCGGGCGGCCGAGAGCCCCGAGAGCCGGCCGUAUUUCCGUGGUCACUCCACCCGGUCUCCUGAGGAGGCUGCUCGAGAAGUCACACGACAAGAUUCCGUGGAGCAAAUGCUGGACAUUUUUAAAGAGCGCAGUAAACAAGCCUUGCCGUACAAAGAAGUGAGACCAGGCGCUGCGGCCGUUACCGACAGCUGGGAAGACUCUGAAGAUGAGGAGCGAAGAGUUGUCUCGAACAUAUCCGUGCGUGAACAGUUCCACGAGCUGCUGGACGCGCCGGGCAGUGAGGUGAAGACGGUUUCGGUGGUGGACAGUUCGUCGGCGGCCCGCAGCCGACAGGUGGUGAUGGAUCAGCGGUUUGGCUUAGUAGUCAGCAGGUCCGCCACCAAUGAUUGGGAUGAUGAAGAGGAGCGGCCGUCGCCUCCUCGCGUGGAGCACGAGCUGCAGUCUCUCACAGGGGCGUCUCCAGGCGGGGACGGGGUGGACAUGGGGGCGUCGCCUACCCACAUUGUUCACCCUCUUGACCUAGAUGAUUUGGUCGAUCCCGCGGGCCCUGAACGAGAUGUGUCUAUCCGAAAAACGAGUGAAGAGAGACAUGUGGAAAUGGCGCAUCACCAAAGCGCCAGCGCAACCGCGAGAGGUGACGAGAGUGGCGCGAGGAGCUCUAGAGCUUCCCAACAGCGCAGAUUUGGAGAGGAACGAGGAGUGAAGCGCAGCAGGAGCCCGCAUGGGUUUUCGGGCGAAAUCAAAUCGAGGAGAUUGCUGUCACCUCAUAGAAGUACGAGGGAGAGAGGGGAUUGUCAUAGCGCUUCGCGUGGAAGAUCAAGGGACAGAGAGAACGUCCACUCAGCUCGUGUCAGAUCCAGAGACAAGUUUAGCUCCAGUCACUCGCCUCACAGGAAACCAAGAGAAAGAGAGGGCCGACCCCACUCCUCUCAAAGAAGAUCCAGAGACAGAGAGAGGUCCCUUGAAAGUCGAUCGUUGCGGCCUCGUGACAAGUCGCCGAGGCCUCGAAGGCCGCACGACGACGUGCAUAAAGGGCUCGCAAAUCGCCUGCUGGAUCUUACAGGCGGCGCGGGCCCGCGCGCGCGCCCCCGGUCGCUGGAGAACACCACCAGCCCGCAUUCCCGUCACAGCCCGACGCACCGGCAACGCCACCGGGACGAGGUUGGACGGUGUGGCGGCAGGGACGGCCUCGGGAGGACGCGGCCCGACCGCGACGGAUUGGAGAGGGUGCGGCCCGACCGCGACGGCCUGGAGAGGAUGUGGUCCGACCGCGACGGCGUGGAGAGGGUGCGUCCCGACCGUGACGGCUUGGAGAGGGUGCGGUCCGACCGUGACGGCUUGGAGAGGGUGCGGUCCGACUGCGACAGCCCGGAGAGGACGCACCUGGACCGCCACCGGUACGACCAGCCGCUGCCGACACGCGACAGGUCCGCGCACCGAGAUGACCGGCAGCGCCGCCAGCGGUGGGACGGCACGAUCAGGACAGACAAAUACCACUGGAGCAAGAGUGAGGCCGACGACCCGCUGCCCGAUUUCAAGGUUGUUGACGAAGUUGCAGCUUCCGACGAAGAAAAUGUGGUUCAGGUUUCGGAAGAUGUGCCUAGUGAUGACAGCAUAGAUGAAGCAGAAUGCGACAAUACAUACCUGCCACACGAAGACAUUGCAGACAACCCCAUGGAACAAGACGCGUCACAGAAGCGAAAAAUGUUGACUAGAAGGAAACAGAUUAAGGUGAUGCGACAGAUGCAUACUGAUACCUUUACCGACAUACCCAUGCAAACGCCACCAAAAUCCAGAAGUACCAAAUGCCGUGAAAUGUUUUAUGAGGGCGAAGAAGCUCCAAACGUCUCCAGAGUUGUCGUCAUAGCUGACGAAACCAUGCGAAACUUGCAUCUGCACGACAAGUUCGACCAUAGGAUAAGAUUCUACUGUUUACCCAAACGAAGUCUUCGGGAGUUGGUGGAUGUGGCAAACGUCGAACUUUCCAGGAGCCGAAAGCCCGUGUUCCUUCUCAUCUGCGGCGGCGGUGAUGGCGUAUACCAAAACAAGACGGGCGAUAUGAGCCGGUCUUUCGACGUCAUCCGAAGGACGCUGCAGAGUCUGAGCGCGCGCGUCAAGAACCAUUCCCGAAACAGUCGCGUUUCGAUCGCCCGUGUGCCUCCCCGGGUGAGUCGCGGUGACGUGGUCAAAUAUGCCAAACAGGUCAACAUGCUGAUUGACGAGACCAACGCCAAGAAUUGCGUGGACAGUGCCAACUUUACCUGGACUGUGUUCGUCAACCAGGUCUUCCGACAAGACUUCUUUCUGGCUGGGGGUCAGCUGCCGGUGCCUAUGAUCGAAAAGAUGUGGUACGAGCUGGUGCUGGCGGUUGUGUUGCCGAUACUGGACGAAAAGAUCGACGAAGGCAUGGGGGAGGGGCACACGCAGCAGGCGUCGGCUGGCGCUGAGGUCGGGCCAGCGGACAGUGGCGAGACCGAGGCAGUCAGCGGUGUCAUAGAGGAAGAGUCGGUGGGCAGCAGCAGCGGCAGAGCAGGCGACUGCAUCGGACGGAAGAUGACUGGUGGAGCCAAGGCUAAGCCUGUCAUCGACAGCGAAAGCAAGGUGGUCGGCGUUACCAACGAGGACAAGUCUGAGACCGGUGCCAAGGACAGAAGAAAAACGGCCAAAAGUAGCAGUGAGGAAGGACACAUCGGUAGGAGCAAGUGAUAUUCCGAUACGACAGCAAAGACAAAUGCGGCGGUAGUGUCAAGGGCAGCCGAGAAAAUGUGCCAAGUAGAGAAAUUCAGUCAUUCAUAGCAGCGAGGAAGCAUUGGUUACAGUUAGCAAGUAGCUGUGUUUUGCUCUGUGAAAGGGCAGUCAUUGAUGCAGACAUUGGUCUUGAGCUAUAUGCGGUGUCACGUCUCAUGCCUUCCCGUCAUGGUGUCCUUGAAGAUUGGAUGCUUCCGAACAAUUGAGCCCAUCGACCGGAAAAAGAUCUACGGUGGCAUGAACUCUGGACGCCCGGUGACGCCGCCUCGCGGGGGCUUUCAGGGAAACAAUAAAAACAAGAAGAAAUGAGGGGCGGCCGCCUGCUAGCUCUGUCGUGGACUGCGUGAUCGCUCGGUAUAGACUCGGUGACGGCCCGUGCGCCUUGUGUAACCAAGUGAAAUGUAACUCGGAACGAAUUUGUUAGCACCUAUACUGGACAGUUUACAUGAUGCCAUUUCUCAUGUGCGUUGUACAUAAUGGCCUCCGUGCGGCGCCUCGCGUUGGUGCGGCGCCUGGGAGGGUUCGUCGGACACGUCGUCCACCGACGGCGGUUUGGUAGGACCUAUUUUCUCUCGAUUGUUACGGCGAAAAGACUGCGGGGGCAAGUGCGUUGCCGACUUCGAUGAAACCGCAUUUCAUUGUGACGCCGUUUGCGGCAGUAUUUUUUAUACCCGAUAGGUCAUGUGUCAGCGGUUUCGGUUACCGGAGAUACUGCUUGUAAACGCUCUGACCGUGCGGCGGUACAAAUGGUAGCGUCCUUGGUCGUCCCACUUGAAGCAUACGUGAUUGAAGCCGAUUGGACGAAGAAUUCCUCCGGAGGAGACACUGUUUUAACAUCAGCCCACCCGAGACAGUGCGAAGGAGAGUCCAAUAAAUGAACCAUCGAAUCAAC